UUCAAAAUUUCGUCACAGAAUUCUUCAAUUCGACAAAUAAGGCAGGAUCCAAAUCCUCCCUUUUUGUCAAAUUUUAAACAAGAUGGUUUGGCAACGCAUACAUUAUACAACGGAUCUAAGUUUCAAGGGUCUCAAAAGUCGCAGGGAAAUUCCUAUGAUGUUGAAGUAAUUUUGCAGCAUAUAGAUCUGGAUAGCUCUUUCUUGUGUGGUUAUUUAAAAAUAAGCGGUUUAACUUUUGAAUUUCCUACAUUAACAACGUUCUUUGAUGGAGAAAUUAUAUCGCAGAAAUAUCCUUUUCUGACAAGAAAAUGGGAUGCUGAUGAAGAAACGGAUAAAGCGCACUGGAGCAAAUUUAAAGCAUUUGAAGAAUACCAAGAAACGUUCAACUCCGAUAGUUUCGAUUAUAGCACUUUGGCCAAGAGCGACUAUGUCUUUAUGCGCUGGAAAGAGCAUUUUCUUGUACCUGAUCAUACAAUACGAGACAUUAAUGGUGCAUCAUUCGCAGGCUUUUACUACAUAUGCUUUACCAAAUCAACCGGAAAAGUAGAAGGAUACUAUUACCAUAGAUCUUCAGAAUUGUAUCAAUCUAUUGACCUUAAUCAUAUUGAAGAAAAAUGUAUUCAAGUAUAUGAAUUUAGAUAAAUACAUAUGUAUAUCAAUAAAAGUACUAUAAUAUUGUUAAAAUACAAAUAUGCAUUAACCCUUUCUGUGGUUUUGUCGAA